AUGGAAAAAGCUCUGAAAAUUCAAAUUCUUUGUCAAUUUUGUGAUGGACAAGCAAUUCAAUGGAAAUGUGAUGAGUGCGAAAAGUUCAUGUGUUUACCUUGUAAAGAAUUAGUCCAUGACAACUUGAAAUCUUUACAGCAUCAUGGAAUUUCCAACGUUGUUGAUAUUGUGAAAGACAAUCCUGAUAGUGGGAAGCACAAUCCUGCUCAAAGGGAGGUUGCAUCGGAGGUCAUUUCUUCAGUUUUAAAUUCAUACACAACUACAAUACCGAUCAUCAAUUCCUUAGAUUGCUCUAAAGACGGCUUUGUUUACUUUAUGCACCAAAAGAUAGCGGAGAAAAGCAUUCUAGUGAAGGGGGAGCUAAAGGAAUCGUCCAUUAAAUUAUCGAAAUCUUUAAAGAAACGGAUAUUCGACAUUGCAAUAAAUAGAGAUGACGAAUUACUGUUUAACGAGAUGGUUGACAAUAACAGUGUGUGUAUGUUGUCUCAGUCAGGGGAGAUAAAUAUUGUCUUCGAUACCUCACCAAUGAGGCCAUUGUCUUUACACGUUAACAAGGACAACGCAUUGAUAGUUGGAAUAAAAGAACAAGGACCAAUCUUUCCUGUACAAAAAGAUUCAGUCAGACAAGUCAUCAUUUUCGGCAGCGACUAUAAAAAAAAUGUUACAUUAGAAACCGACACAAAAGAAAGAAAACUUUUCAGUUAUCCCGCUCGUAUCGAAACAGAUUCUAAAAAUGUAUUGUACGUAGCUGAUUGGAUGGAUACCGAUUUGAGCGGGAGAGUAGUUGCUGUUGACACGAAUGGUUAUCUAAAGUUUGCGUACGCAGGUCAUCAAGAUUUACAACCAUUCUUUCCUCAUGGUAUCGCCAUUACACCAAGUGAUAAUAUCAUACUCUCGGAUCAAAGUAACAAUGCAUUACACGUUUUGAAUUCCAAAGGAGAACUCCUCGGACUACAUCUAUUAGAUAGCAUAUUACAUAUUAAAGCACCUUUAUCGCUGUGUUUUGACCAUGAAGGACAUUUGCUAAUUGGAAGUGGGAAGUUGGACAACAGUAACGCAAUGAUAUAUAUGACAAAAGUGGCGAAAAAGUUCAUUUAA